AUGACGCAGAAUGACUGUCAGCCCUGGUUCGAGUUUGCUCUAUCUACCCGUGGCACCACCUCCUGGGCCGAUUCCGAGACGACCUUCGAUAACUCCUACAAUAUUGUUGUUAUCACUCAACUGAUCGCCCAGAUCCCAACACGGGACUUUGCUGUCAAACUUAGGGCGCUGGAUUGUGGAAUUUCAAUAGCAAAGACUAUGCAUUGUUAUAUUCUUCUUAUUGUCCACCCUGACCACAAACCUAAAACACCUGGAGACUAUGACACUAUUGUCUCCAUCGAGCUCCCCGACUAA